ACAAUCACAACCAUGUCAUGUAUAUCUAAUUCACUGUCUCUCUGUCUCUCAAACGAACCCACCUUCCCCUCUCUAUCCAACUCAAGACAGAAUAUGGAUUCUACCGAAGAACCCAAACUCAACCUCAACAACCUGAAAGCACUCAAAAUCCUAGGUAAAGGAGCAAUGGGAACGGUUUUCUUAAUUCAACAAAACAACUCCUUCAUGGCACUCAAAGUAGUUGAUAAAACCUCAACUCACGACGCGGAGCGUCGAGCCCGUUGGGAAACCCAAGUCUUAUCAAAUUUAGCCCAUCCAUUUCUCCCUUCCCUCCUGGGCUCUUUCGAAACAGAUCAGUUAUUAGCCUGGUCUGUUCCGUAUUGCCCAGGAGGCGAUCUCAACGCCCUCCGCUACCACCAAACUGAUCGCGUGUUCUCCACAACCGUGAUCCGUUUCUACAUAGCAGAGAUUCUCUGCGCUCUCGACCACCUUCAUACCAUGGGCAUCGCUUAUCGUGACCUUAAACCAGAAAACGUUCUCAUUCAACAAUCUGGCCACGUCACGUUAACCGAUUUCGAUCUCUCACGUAAACUCUCUCCCAAAACGGUUAAAAUCAAAACUCUCAUUUCACUCGAUAACAGAAUCCAUGAAUCUCGCCGCAAAUUACGGAAAUGGAGAGUCCCAGAGGCUAACGGGAAGAUAGCCAGAGUUACACCGGAGGUUCGACGGGAGCUCAGUUUCUCCGACGGUGAACGGUCUAAUUCAUUUGUCGGCACGACGGAAUACGUCGCGCCGGAGGUUGUUCGCGGCGACGGACAUGAGUUCGCGGUUGAUUUUUGGGCGCUUGGAGUUUUGACCUACGAGAUGAUGUACGGAAAAACGCCGUUCAAGGGGAAGAACAAGAAGGAAACGUUUAGGAACGUGCUUUUCAAGUCGCCGGAGUUUGUUGGAAGGAAAACGGCGUUAACGGAUCUCAUCGAACGGUUGCUUGAGAAGGAUCCUGUGAAGAGAUUAGGUUAUGUUGGUGGUGCUAGUGAGAUAAAGGAGCAUGAGUUUUUCAGAGGAGUUAAGUGGGAGAUGUUGACGGAAGUUGUUCGGCCGCCGUUUAUUCCGUCGAGAGAUGAAAGUUAUUUCACGGCGGAUAGAUUUGCAGAGGGAGUAAAUAUAAAGGAAUACUUUGAAAAGAUGAAGUCUCCGCCGUCGUUGCCGGUUUCGCCGUUACGGUCACCGUCGUCUGAGUUUCAGAAUAGUGUUUCUUUUGCAGAGUUCUGACGCACGUGUGAGGGAUUACACGUGUGAUGAAACGGAGUUAGUUAUUUUUCUUUUAUGAUGACUGAAAAUUCUGUUUGUACAAGUACAAUUACUUAGAGAAUAACGGUAGAAUGUAAAAAAACGUUAACCUAAUAACUACUUGGAAUCUUAUUGUCACAAAAUUAUGUAUACACUGCUUGCAAAAUACGUAUAUAGAAUUGUACAAUACUAGUUUUACACGUUAA